UCUAAGUAAAAUGAUCUCUUACGAAGUGUUUUUUAAAAUUUCCCUUCCUUUGUGUGAUUGGUGAUUCACGUGGUAGAAAGAUUGUAAAUCGCAGCUUCAGUUUGCAGCUCAACACGUUGGUUCAGUAGUGAAGUUUCGACCCGUUAUACAGCGCUAGGCUGCACGCAACGGGUGCGGUUAGCCAGCGGCCGGUACAGUAGCGCAGCCUAGCUGGCCGUAGCGUUGACAUGCAUAUCCACAAUAUCAUCAGGGCCUGUUUAAAGUAUAAUGUUGGACCAUGGAGGAAUAAUGGUUGGACUAUGGACUUGACCAUAGUACAGUCAUGACCGAACCGUGCGAGAAGCGUGUUGAGUGAAUAAGUUCAAGAUAUCUUCCCACAAGGAACAAGAGCUUUCACAUUUAAACAGCAGGAUUCCCAUAUAACUUCAUCAUCAUGGUUGGUGUGGUAGAGUACAUUAAAAGCAAAGUAGCAUGGGCAGAGAGUGUGGCAGACCCAAGAACAAAGGACUGGUUCCUUAUGGACAGUCCAGUGCCAUCCUACAGCCUUGUCAUGCUUUAUCUCAUGGUUGUUUGGUGGGGACCACGCUACAUGGCUGACCGGAAGCCCUUUGACCUCAAGUACAUCAUGAUGGCCUACAAUUUGGCACUGGUUGUACUGUCUGCCUACAUGUUUAAAGAGUUCUUCGUAACGACAAUCCUGAACCCCAACUUCAAUUCGGUGUGCCAAGCUGUGGACUACUCAGAGGAUCCGAUGGCACUCAGGCUGGCUGCUGUUUGUUGGUGGUUCUUCUUCUCCAAGGUCAUUGAACUUCUUGACACUGUCAUCUUCAUCCUCCGGAAAAAGAACAGCCAGAUUACCUUUUUGCAUGUCUACCAUCAUUCUACAAUGGUCCUGUUAUGGUGGAUCGGAGUACGAUGGGUCGCUGGUGGAAAUUCCUACUCUUCCGGCAUGGUGAACUGCCUGAUCCACACACUGAUGUACUCCUAUUACUUCCUGUCUGCCUUGGGACCAAGCGUGCAGCCAUUCCUGUGGUGGAAGAAAUACCUGACAUCCCUCCAGCUGCUUCAGUUUUUCGGCAUCAUGAUUCAUAGCUUUGUUACCCUCUACCUGGACUGCGGCUUUCCUGACCCUUACGUCUACGCCCUCAUUGGUUACCUCAUCUCUCACAUCAUCCUGUUCUCCAACUUCUACCGCAAGAGCUACGGCAACAAGGACAAAAAGAAGAAAUCCGGCGAUGCUACCUCUGAGCAGGAACAGGCAGGGGGCAGGCGUUACAACCUGCGGCAGAGAUCGGGUAAGAACUAGCUCCCCUGUAGCAGGUGUUUGUAUUAUAAUUGAUUGGGUUGUCAUCUGCAACAUUGGCUCUUUGAUUCAUUAACGAGAAUCAAACUUUUAAUGAAGUGGUAUCAUUUUGUGUAAGUUGUAAUGUGUGACUGCCAAGUUUGAGUUGUGCUGAUUUUGUUUUUGACCGGAUGAAUUUGCUUUGAUUGGAGUAAAAUUAGAUUAGAUGUUUUUUUAAUGUUUUGUCCAUUUCUUACUUAAUCUGUAGGCUGCUCAUUUUUAAUAUUGGUACAGAAAAACACUGAUAUUUGAAAUAACAUUUAAUUGAAAUAAAAAUGCCUUGUCCUGUUUAACUUUUCAAAAAAGUUAAACCUGUUUUGAAAUCUAUACUUAUUAAAUUUAAAUAAAUCUCAUGGACAAUGAUUAUUUGAAAUCACAGCUAAUUUGUUUCAGUGAUGUUUCCUGCAAUAGGCAAGAUUGUCUAAGUGUCAAUGGCCAAAGGUGGCAUCAACAUACUUCUCUCAGGAAUAAAGACAGAGCUUGAAGCAAAACUUAAGUUUGGAAAUUUUUUACCUAUUUCAUUUUGUUAAGAUAUCCUUUGACAGGGUAGGUUGUCAAUUUGCAGGGAAACAUAAAGAUUUGUAUACCUCAAAUGUGUGGAUUUCUUCACAUUGUCAAAACAGCAUCCUCUCAAGUAAUCACUGCAACUAUAGCAAGGAGAAAUUAAAAAAUACUUUCAAUGAUAUUGAAAGACAUUUUGUUAUUUUUACUGGAUACUAGGAAAACAGCUGAAAAUUUAAGACAGGAACUGACCUGGAGGUCUGAAGUCUACUAUGCAUUGUAUUUGUACUUCAAAAUUUGUAUUUUACGCCUAGAUUGAUUUUCUUGCAUUGGUUUAUAUGCCUCAGCAAAAGUGGGCAAUUUGUUUCAUUGAAUUCACCAAAAGUACUUAUUUUGUACAUGUAGUUACUGGUACUUGAAUUUCUUGAAUCGUUUCAGAUAUACUUUUUACGUUUGUAAACAUAUACUUCAUGAAGCAGCUUUUAAGAUGUUGAAAGGCAGCUGUACAUUGAGGUUGGGUUUUUUGGUCUGUUGGCUGAGAUUUUUACAUUAUACUGUCUCAUUUCUGAAAUAUGUGAGGUGAAAUUUAUAUAGAGCUUUUAGAAAAAAUAGCUGUUUAGAAUUAGAUGUGUGCUGAAAUUGGCUAUUUUGUGUAAAAUGUUGCUUAAUGAUUUACCGAAAUGUUAGACAAGCUUUUUAGAGCAAUUUUGGUAUUUGAAUGUUUAUUAUAUGUACAACAUAAUGCCAUGCUUUGUUUACAUGUGCACUGCUCUACGGCAGUGAGGUGAGACAUGAUCCACAGUGCAUCUUAUGAAACUGCCUUACCCCUACCUUUGUGUAAAAUUUUACAGAUCAAGACUGAAGAGAGUAAAAAUUUAACGUUGACUUCAAAUAUAUCAGAAUCAGGAAUUUUUAAAUGAGAUGAGAUUUGACGAUUUUUGCCCUCACAAGUAGAAAAUGUAGCUGUCAUGUUUCAUAUUUAUAGUUCUAAUGCCGUUAUGUAUCUGUCUUGUACUGCAGUAGUUUUGAUUGAGGUGCUUCUAUUAAAUGAAUGACAAUCAAUUAA